AGCUCGCAUCGCGAUCCUCCAGCGCAACUGGUGUGCGUAUUCCCCCUACUAUUAUUACUGUCUGUUCAUUUUCUUUGUGCGUUCUCUUCUUUCACGUCUUGCCGUCUCCUCCGACUCGCUGUUUUUUCCUUUCCCGUUUCCAGGAAAAAAGAAACUGCAAAGAUCGAAGCAGAGGAUUCCAUUCUAUACACACAUACACACAGACACACACGUCGGCACACGGCGAGGAACGGUAUCUACCUGUCAAACAGCAGCAGCGGAGUUUUAGUUGGCUUCCCCUCUUCCUUAGAAAUACGCGCACAGCACACAGUUGUUAUUCGUAGGGUUUUCUUCCCCUUCAUCACCGGUGAGCCGUAAAGAACUGGAAAAGGCUAGAAAAGAAAAAUGCUUUCCGAGGACGAGCAGAAACGGCAGCUGUACAACCGCCAGGAGUAUGUCGUGGGCGCGGAGACGCAGGCGAAGUACGGCUCUACGACUGUCCUCGUCGUCGGGGCCACGGGUCUCGCUGCGGAGAUCAUCAAAAACAUCGUCCUGACCGGCGUGAAGAGCGUGAAGGUGCUGGACGACGCACUGAUUAGCAUCGAAGACCUCGGCACCAACUUCUUCCUCCACCCCGGUGAUGUCGGCAAGCCGCGCGGGGCGACGGUGGCGAGCGCGGCGAAGGAGCUGAACCGUUUCGUGGACGUCUCGGCCGUCACGGGCGACGCCCUCGCGCACAUCCCCACCGUGCACGUCGUCAUUUACGCGAACGACUUCACCGCCCGGCUUGGCGAGGCGAACCGCGUCGCGCGGACGCACCACGUGAAGUUUCUCAGCUGCGAGAGCCGCGGCGUCUGCGGGUGCGUUUUUGUCGACGGCGGCGCAGCGCUCGACAUCGUCGACACCGACGGCGAGGACACCGUCACGUGCGUGGUGACCGCCCUCUCGCCGGAGGGCCUCGUCACGCUGCAGGAGGACAAGAACCACGAGUGCGAGGUGGGCAGCAAGGUGUACUUCACCGGGCUCAGUGCGGUGCCGGGGGCGAAUACGGCGGACCCAUCCGCGCCCGCCGCGUGGAGGCUGUUCGAGGUGGCGGAGGUCAUCUCGCCGCACAUUAUGCGGCUCGCUGGCAUAAAGGAGUUAAUGGGCAGUGGCGAGGGGGGCGGCGCCGCCGCGAUCGACGUGGGCACCAGCGCCUACUUACACACCACCAAGAAGGGCCGGCGCGAGCACUACAAGACGGUGGAGGAGAGUCUGGCCAACCCGGAGUGUCUCAUGAUAUUCGACAAGGAGGAAAAGCACGCGGCGGCGGCAACGCUGCAUGCGAUGUUCACCGCCGUGGCGAAGCGCGGGCACGCGCCGACGUCGGCGGCAGACGUCGAGGAGGUCAUCCGUGACGCCUGUGCCGCCAACGCGGAGGCGGAAGCGGACGUGAUGCGUCUGCUGCUGCCGGUCUUCGCGGGCGACCUGAACCCGAUGGCGUGCUUUAUUGGUGGCAUGGCGGCGCAGGAGGCGUUGAAGGUGUGCAGUGGUAAGUUUACCCCCCUGCACCAGUGGUUGUACUACGACGCACGGGAGGUCCUGCAGGCCCGCCUCUGCGGCGCCAAGAGCGUCUCGGCCGGAGCCACAGCAGCAGCAGCAGCAGCCGGCACGUCCGUCUUUCCUGACCGCACGGCGACACCUUCGCGGUACUCCAGUCAGGAGGCGGUGCUGGGCCACGCCUUCCAGUCUUACCUGCACGGGCGCAAGGCAUUUAUUGUUGGGGCCGGCGCCCUCGGCUGCGAGCUGAUCAAGAACGUUGCGUUGAUGGGCAUCGGUGAGGCCUCCAUCACCGAUAUGGACACGAUCGAGAUGAGCAACCUGUCCCGGCAGUUUCUCUUCCGCCACCACCACAUCGGCCGCGCCAAGUCGGUCGUCGCGGCAGAGGCGGCGCGGAAGAUCAACGAGGAGGUGAAGAUGACGUCCUACGAGUCGAAGAUGGCCCCCGAGACGGAGGUGAUCUUCAACGAGGACUUCUGGGCUCGCCAGUCCGUUGUCCUGAACGCGCUGGACAACGUCAUGAGUCGCAAGUACGUGGACGAGCGCUGCCUGUUUUACCAGAAGCCGCUCUUUGAGAGCGGUACGCUGGGCACCAAGUGCAACAUGCAGCCCGUCAUCCCCUUCGUGACGGAGAGCUACAGCAGCAGCUACGACCCGCCGGAGAGGGGGAUCCCGCUCUGCACCCUCAAGAACUUCCCCAACGCGAUCGAGCACACCAUUCAGUGGGCACGGGAUUUGUUUCACCUGCUCUUCGCCAGCGUGCCGGCGGACGUGAACCAGUACUUGAACGACCCUGCCGGGUUCGCGCACAACCUCAAGAACGACCCGGCCGCCGCGGAUACGGUGUUGAAGAACGUGAACGACGCCCUCGUGCGCUGGCCAACAAGCGCCGCGGACUGCGUGCGCCUCGCCCGGCUGCUCUACCAGGAGCACUUCAACGACGGCUUCCGCCAGCUGCUGCACAACAUCCCGCUCGACAAGCGCAACGAGGACGGCCAGUUAUUCUGGAGCGGUGCGAAGAAGCCGCCCACGCCGCAGGAGUUCGACCCGAGCUGCGAGGACGACAUCGAAUUUGUGUACCACUGCACCUGCCUUUUUGCGGAGAUCUACCAACUCUCGCCCUUCGCCCUGUCGAAGGAGGAGACGGCGCAGAUGGCGGCCGCGGUGCAGGUGCCCGAGUUCGUGCCACGCCACGCUGUGUUUGCCACCUCGGAGAAGCAGACCUCGCAGCAGACCUCGUCGCCCAGCGGCAUCUCCUUCGCUGACCUGCCGCCCGCGUCGCACUUCGGCGCGCGUCGCAUGAAAGCAGAGGAGUUCGACAAGGACGACAGCACAAAUCACCACAUGCAGUUCAUCACGUACUGCUCCAACAUGCGCGCUCGUGCCUAUCACAUUCCCGCCGCAGACCUGAACCAAACGAAGCGCAUCGCCGGCAACAUCAUCCCCGCCAUGGUGACCACGACGUCCCUCGUCACUGGGCUGGUUGGCUUCGAGGUGCUGAAGUACCUUCUCAUUCAGUUUCAUCACCACCAACAACACUCACCCGCGUCCUCCACGGCGAGUCUCGUCUACCUCGACGCGGACGAGGAGCCGGAGCAGCUCGUCACGCUCUUUCGCAGUGCGUUUGUGAACAUUGCGCUGCCUUUUAUCGCCUUCUCCGAUCCGAUCGUGGCGCAGCAACGCUGCUACGUCCUGCCCAGCGGCAAGAAGCUGCGCUGGGGUAUCUGGGACCGUCUGGAGGUGGCGGAGGGGCGGGACCUGCCGGUGAAGGAGUUGGUGCAGCUGCUGCACGACCGCUACGAGUUGGAGGUGUUCAUGAUCGCCCUCACGAACGGCAAGAUGAUCUACACCGAGUUUGGGGGCAAAGCGAAGGACAAGGAGAAGCGUGUGUCGGUGGUGGCGCAAGAGAAGGGCGAGAUCCUGCAGGAGGAAGUAGCCUACUUUGAUCUCGUGGUGACGGGCAUGAUCGGCAACGACGACGACGUUGAUGUGCCGAUCAUCCGCUAUCGCUACCGGUUCUAA